AUGGAUGUUCAGAAUCUCUUCAAUGUUAAGGGGAAAGUGGUGUUGGUCACCGGGGGAGCCAAAGGUAUUGGCCGCAUGAUCUCUGAAGGGUAUGUCACGAAUGGUGCGACGGUCUAUAUUUCGUCUCGCGACGUGGAUGCCUGCAACCAGGCUGUCGAGGAGCUCAACGCACUGGGCAAGGGAAGGGCGCACGCCAUCCCCGCCAACUUCUACGAGGAGGACGAGAUCAAGCGGCUGGCAGAGGAGCUGGGCAAGCGCGAGAGCAAAUUGCACGUUUUGGUCAACAACUCCGGGUCAAACUGGGGCGCCCCGUACGAUGAAUACCCAUCCUCUGCCUGGACACGAGUUCUCACCCUUAAUCUCCACCGGGUCUUCGAUCUGACCAAGCUCGUCACGCCUUUGAUGGAGAAAGCGGCCGCCCCGAACGACCCGGCGCGCAUUAUCAACAUCGGAAGUAUCGAUGCUCUGCGGGUCCCGGCCCUCGAGACCUUUGCCUACAGCGCCAGCAAGGCGGGACUACACCACCUCAGCCGGGUCCUGGCGAGUCAUCUGGGUAAACGAAAUAUCACAUCGAAUACUCUCGCCUGUGGCCCGUUCCAAAGCAAGAUGAUGGCUGCCACUUUGGAAAGCUUCCAAGAAGUCAUUGAGUCGGGUGUUCCUCUCCACCGGAUUGGUACCCCGGAGGAUGUGGCCGGUGCCUGUCUGUUCCUGAGCAGUCGGGCUGGGGCUUAUGUGAAUGGGUCGACGAUUGCGGUGGAUGGGGGGAGUGCCGUUGCAUCCAAGUUAUAA